GUGACAAAGACAUAGCUAGAACAUGAAAAACAAAUACUCCACCACAAAGUUGUUGAAAUAGUGGCUUUUGGGUAAUUGCAUGCAUGUGAGACAGAGAGAGGGAGGAAAAAAAGGAGUGAGAGAUUUUGGUGGGGUGUGGACUCGGAAAAGAGGGAGGGAAGUGGGUGGAGGUGUGGUUGUGAGUGUUUGUGCGUUCCUUGGCGGCGAGGGCUGAGUCUGACAUUUGGAACGUAGAGAGCAGAAGGAAUUGGGCUUCAACAGAAAGGCUACCAUCAAAAAUCAUCAUGUUGGUUCUUCUAGCCGGAAUCUUCCUCCUUCACCUCACUAGCAUCAUCCUCCUCCUAGUGGCAACUAUCGACAAUGCCUGGUGGAUGACAAAAACCGUGUCCACUGAUGUGUGGGCCAGGUGGAUACUGACCAAUGGAACCUGGAGCUCCAACGAUCUCCCCGGCCACUACCAUCAAGAAUACCUCCAGGCAGUACAGGCUAGCUCCAUUCUGGCCUGCAUAUUCUCUUCCCUUGGCCUGUUUGUGUUUGUGGGACAACUCUUCACUCUGUCCAAGGGACAGAGAUUCACCUUCUCUGGCAUCUUCCAGCUCCUAGCCUGCCUGUGCAUCAUGAUCGCUGCCUCCAUCUACACAGACAUCUUUCACAAUAAUGAAUCGGAUGGUUGGUAUGGCCACUCCUUCAUUCUGGCCUGGAUCUCCUUUGCGUUCACCUUCAUCUCCAGUAUAAUCUACUUUGUCCUGCGAAAGAAGACCGCAAACUAGAAGCAGAAGACUAGCCAAACACAAGGAACAGGCUCAAUAUCUUACGAUCUGAUCGUUUUUUGUACAAUUGGGUAUGGAUAUGAGUGUGGGAUACAAAAGGGGAGAGUUGUUAUCCACAUGUUUUCUGGCUUGAAUUUUGAUUCAUGUAUCUCUUUUGGUUCCCACUGAAGUGUCUAAACAUAUGGAUUUACAUUGUAAUAACUUACCUGUCCUGCCCACAUAGCUAUAACUUACCUGUCCUGCCCACAUAGCUAUAACUUACCUGUCCUGCCCACAUAUUACCAAGUCCAUGUUUAGUUUUCAAUAUAACGUGGACAACAUUUUCAAAGUUAAUGAAACUUUUAUAGCCCUCAUUAUAUUUGUUGAAGGUAUAGGGGAGUCAGAGUAUAGACCGACAGUAUCUCAUUAUUUCAGAAUCAUAGUCCUGAACUAUUCUUGCUUACAUUUGAUUUAUUUCUCAAUUAGGCUCAUAAUAAAACAAUGCCAAAACUCUCAAAACCAAAUAGAAGAAUGAAUUGACUAGAGUGCCGCAAACAGAAUCCAAUUUCGGAAACUGUCAACCAUCAUUACCCCGUUUGACUUACAGCCCUACUAUAGUGUGCUGAAUAAGACAAAGAAUAUCAUGUAUUUGCCAAUGUCCAUACAUGGAACAUUAGUACUAACCUCACUGCUAACUGGACCCCUCCCCUUUUUAGUUAUGUAAUUAUUUUUGCCAAUUAUUUUAUGCUUUGUACCAUUAGUCUUAUAGUAUAGAUUAACUUCCAUUUGUCUGAAUCAACCUAUCCCCCAGACACACCCAUGGACUGGCAGACAAACCAACAGACGGAUAGAUCUUGAGUGCCUUGAAAUCUGACAGAGCAUAUUUGCUCGCUGCACAUUGAGAUAUGUGUAAAUAUGAACAUGUUUGGUUCCACAUUAUGCUUUGUAUGUCUAAUGCAAUUUUAUUUUUGUUACUAUUUCUUAUCAGUAUGAUAAUGAUAAUAAUUUGUAAUUAAACCUGAUUUAAAUGAAA